UUGCUUUCAGGUGAUCCGUUCCAUAGGCCAAGCAGAGUCCUCCCCAGUAAUCGAAGGAAACUUCAAGCCGAACGACGCUGCUUUACACACUGUUUCGCGAUUUGACAUGCCAAACUAUCCUAGCAACACUUCGCCAUUCGCUCGCGCCACGUCCGCAAGCUCAAGAAGACCAUGAGCCCUAACCCCCUACCCUUCCAGGUUCGAGGUCUCGAUGUCGCUCUCGCGUUGCAUUGACAAGUAUGGUUGCGAAGACAAGAUCAGGCCCGGAGGGAGGGUCGAAGGCCCUGUCGAAUGCCUCGCAGGACAUAUCCACAGCAUUCGUGCGUCCAAUCAAUGUCUCCGUUCCUACGACCUCCACGUCGAGGGCCGGAAGGUGUAAAUCCAUGGCUGUCAAGCAGUGAGUUCGUGCCUUUC